CUCAGUGCUACCUUGGCAAGUGAAGCCCUGGAAAGCUUGUUCUUUGGGAUUUUUCUUGUCCUUGCCUUCACUUCUGUUUACUUUCAUGUUGCUCGGACUGACUCAGGGACUGAAUACAAGGUUCGCCGGUGCUUGGCUUUAUGGAGACCAAUAUUUGUGGGUUCAAUCUUCAUAACCGUCACCGUGACUGCUCACUGGGUUACAAUCGUGGUGCGACUGUUCGACGCAUUUGUCAACUUCGAAAGUGGCACGGCACCAUCGCAAUACUACUCCAACCUGGCGACGUCAACUGAGGCCAUCAAGACGUCGUUCCUCAUCGUCACACUUAUCGAAUGUGAUAUCAUGCUAAUUUACCGACUAUGGAUUGUCUGGAACUACAGUUACAUGGUCAUCUUUAUACCGACAUGUGCCGUAUUAGGGUUAUUGACGGGACCCGGGGCCAUAUACCAACAAACAUGUCUUAAGGCAGCGGGUGCGGAUACUGUAUUCCUCAGUGUCCUCAGUCGCUGGAUUACCUCUAGCUACGCUUUCACCUUUGUAACAAAUGUUUACAGUACUUGCGGGAUUGUGUAUCGUGUGUGGUCAGCGGUUGUCGCUUCACCAGGGUUGGGGGCCCAAACCUCAUGGUCGGUGCCGCUUGGAACCUUACUCUACAGGUCGUACACCAUUUUCUUUUUCGUGUCAUACGAGGCCAGGAGCAACAUACAGUACUUUUGCAUAGACACGCUCUGUCCGAUCGCCGGAAUAGUGUUCAUGCUGAUCAACGUCCGUGUCGGUCUAGGCUGG